CUGCAAACCAAGUGAGAAAACACGUGCUCAAACAGUGUGUGGAACCUGGUGAAACUGUUCCAAAAUCAUCAGUUGCUCGAAAAUGGAAACCAACAAUCCUAAUACCUCCUUAGAGGCCAAAAAAAAUGCUGGAAAGCUGAAAUUGGAAACUAAAGGUAGUCCUCCAAAGAAAAAAGAAAUGGUGCAUGGAGUGGGACAAAAAACAAAAAAACCUGUAUCAAAAAAGAUUAAACAAAAAAAUCAACCGCCAAAAAAUGGACCUAAGGAAUUUCAACUGGACCUUGGAGUUCUAGAUGGGUAUGACUUGCCAGCUAUUCAAGAUGAGGAAGAUGUGCAACUGUCAAAACCAAAGAGAUUCAAGAAUUCACAACCUGAAGUGCUAGGUGUGGAUUACAGAGAAAUGGAAGAAAAGAGACUAGAAGAGUUACUCUUUGGUGAGCUGAUAAAAAAAAUUGAUGUAAACCCACAGGCUAUUAAAAGUGAAAAAAACAAAACAAGCAAAAAACCCCCCCAAAAAGGCAAAGGAAAGGUAGGGAAACAAUCCCUCAGUAAAGGACCUGGCGAAGGAGAAGGUUCGCUUCCACAAGAUGUUUAUGGGACCAAUUUAGGUAUUAGUUCAGUAGGAGAAAGAAAAGCAGCGUGGGUUGAUGAAGACGAUGAAGCUUUGAAAUGUAAAAGUGUCCAAGCUACGAAAGAAACAGGCCUUGCAGAAGGAAAGGGUGUAUCAGACAGAAUUUACAAAAAAGUCUUGGAACAAAAAUUUGCAUCUAUUCAUGGUCACACGACACCUAAAUGGGCCCAGUUGGGGAAAAAAGAUGAGAAAAAAUCAAAACAGGACAGCAGUGAUGAAGUUGAGGAUAGAGACUUAACAAAAACUGCUGCAGAUCUUCUUAUGAAAGAUUCAGUGUUGUUGCCCCAAGAAAUACUAAAUUUUUUACGGAUGUCAGAUAUUAAUAAAGAAACUAGGGCAGAAGGAGUUGUUAUCAAAUCAGUUGAGUUUCAUAAAAAACAAAAUGUUGCCCUUGUAGCAGGAAAUUCUGGAGUUCUCAGCCUGUUUGAGAUUGGUGGUUCAUCCAAUGCCAAAAUCCAGUCCAUCACAUUUAAACAGUUUCCUAUACACAUGGCUCACUUCUCGCCAAGUGGCGAAGAAGUCAUAGCUUCCUCUCACGCAACUGGCAAUAUUCAAGCAUAUAACUUGAUAAACGGAAGAAGCGUUAUCAUUCCGCACAACAAACAAAUGGACAAAGGAUCUUACAAAAACUUCGUCCUUUCACCCGAUGGAAAGCUUAUAGCUUAUCAAGGCCAGUAUGGGUACAUCCAUUUAAUGAGUGCGCGUUCUAAGGAAUGGAUAACCUCUUUGAAAAUGAACGGAGAAGUUAACGCGUUGACUUUUAACCCAGAUGGCACUAAAUUAUAUAGCCACGGAGAGUUCGGCGAAGUUUAUGUUUGGGACAUGAAUACGAGGACUUGUGUCCAUAAGUUUGUAGAUGACGGUUGCAUAACGGGAACAGCUCUCGCGAUGUCACCUACUCAGCAAUAUCUAGCUUGUGGUUCUUCUUCUGGGGUUGUUAACUUGUACAAUACUAGCAAUUUAGAAAACAAUUCGCUACCAAAGCCAGACAAAGUCAUUCUCAACUUGGUGACAAGAAUUUCUGGCAUUAACUUUCAUCCAAGUUCUGAACUUGUAUCAAUAUUUUCCGACGCUAAAGAGAAUGCCGUCCGGUUGGCGCACUUUCCAUCUAUGACUGUGUUCAAGAAUUUUCCUGUACAGAAAAAGGACUCUUACCGCGUCACCACAAUGGACUUCUCUCCAAGCGGUGGUUAUAUGGCUGCAGGAUUCAACAACGGAUCAGCUCAUCUUUAUCGACUGAAUCAUUAUGAUCAAUAUUAAGUAACAUGACCUUGACCAUGAAUUGACAAAAUAAUACCGGGUUAAAUUUUUCA